AUCAUCCAUUUCAAUUACUACUACAAUUUAUUUCAAGAACCACUUUUAAUUUCAUCAACUCAAUAUUUUUCUAUCACUAUGGCUGCAACAACAAAAACCCAUGGUGGGGAGCAAGUUCCACCAGGAGCAUCCAUGUCAAUGGGGCAACACAUGAUAGACAAAGGGGCACAAAUGUUGCAAUCUUUGACACCCAUCAAGCAAAUGAGCCAACAUGUUUGUACUUUUGCCAUGUAUAGCCAUGACAUGCACCGUCAAAUUGAGACACAUCAUUACGUUACGCGUGUGAAUCAAGAUUUCCUCCAGUGUGCUGUUUACGACUCCGAUGAAUCCACCGGGCGCCUUAUCGGAGUGGAGUAUAUAAUAUCUGAUCGUAUCUUUGAAAGUUUGCCUCAAGAAGAACAAAAGCUUUGGCAUUCUCAUGCACACGAGAUAAAAUCAGGACUUUGGAUGAAUCCUAGAGUUCCAGAAAUGGUUGUAAGGCCUGAACUAGAAAGCCUUACCAAGACCUAUGGCAAAUUCUGGUGUACGUGGCAGACUGACAGAGGUGACAAGUUACCAAUUGGGCCUCCAUCACUAAUGAUGUCUCCACAGCCAGUGGAUUUGGGCAUUGUGAAAAUAGGGCUAGUCAAGAAAAGAGAUGACAAGUAUGGCAUAUCGACCGAUGCCAUAAAAACUACGAGGGGUGAUAUACCCGAGCCCACGCAUCUCAAUCCCAUGGCGGAUUAUUGGAUGGAGCACCACAAGGGUUUCGCGAUUGAUGUUGAAGAUCUUGAGAUGAAGAAGAGAGCACCAUUUCCAUGAGUCUAAAAAACUAGCACAUAGUUUGCAUCUAUGUUUAAUAUUUUGCUGGUUAUGUACAAUAUAGGCAUAUUGUAAUGUUUAUGUUGGGAUGAAACAAUAUGUUUAUGUCAAGCUUUUAGUAAUAUUGAUAGGUUGUAUCCUACGUAUAAUCAUAUUUGUGGAUUAUUGGAUGGAGCACCACAAGGGUUUCGAGAUCGAUGUUGAAGAUGUUGAGACGAAGAAGAGAGCACCAUUUCCAUGAGUCUAAAAAACUAGCACGUAGUUUGCAUCUGUGUUUAAUAUUUUGCUGGUUAUGUACAGUAUAGGCAUAUAUGAGUGUGUAUAUAUAUGUAAUGUUUAUGUUGGGAUGAAAAAAUAUGUUUAUGUCAA